GGCAAAAGUUAUCUUUCCCACGAAAAGUAAUAUAACUUGUUGAAUACUAAAAUAACUAUCACCAAAACCAAACAAUGCAAAGUAUAUUACAUCAUUUUCCUUAAUUGCAUGUAUAUUACAAUGCAUGCAUUGAUCAUAAUGCAUUGAUUUAAGUAUCACCAAAACCAAACGACCCUAAGAGACUAUCUCAAUAGAGUUAUUCUGCUAAAUGCUAUCAUUAAUCAACAUAUUUACCACCAUUAGAAUACAAUUUAUUUUUUGUAACGAUUUAAACAUAAAUACAAUUAUAUUCUAAACUAGAAGUCUUAUUAUACCCAAUUCCCAAAUUUCUUAAGUCCCUAAAACCUAAAUUUGAUUGGAUUUUCUUAUGGUAUACAAACUUGUAUCACUAUUAGAUUGAAUUAUUUUAUUCGGUUCUUGAUAUGCAGCUCCAAAUGUUGAAUAACCGCUUUGAUGAUGUGAAUACCAGGUUGUAGACUUGUAUGAGCAUGAAGAAUGAGUUUUCUCCUUUACACAAGGAGAAAUUGGUAAGCCUUAGUUAUUCAUAAAUAAAUAAAAAUGGUAAGCCUUAGUCGAUUUUAAUUUAUACUAAUGAGUUUGGUCACCUUUCUUACAUUUUUUUUACUAUGGGAGAAUGAUUAUCAUUGUCUGAGGAAUAAUAAGUUAUUAUGUAUACUAAAAGAAAUUGAAUAAAUAGCUCAGUUGAUGGUGGAGAUUGGUAAUGAUUUUACCGGUUGCAAUUAACCAUAAGUGUUGAAAGAUGUUUUUUUUUUCCAUCUUUGGAUUACUUCAAGAACAAAAUUCAGAAUCGAAUAUGCCAUCAGCUCGUGAAUGAUUCUGUAGUAGGAUAUAUUGAAAGAUGUUUGUUGAGUACUGUAAAAACUGAGUGUAUUUUAUACAAAGUAUUUUGGAAUAUGAAAACAAAUCGCAGUAUUUUGUAGUAACUUGUAACAAUCAUAAAUUUUCUUAUUUAAGAAUUUUCUUGUGUUUUUUUUUAUUUAAUUUUCAUAAAAGAACGCAUUUAGAUAACAUUUCUGAAUCCGCCCGUGCAUGUUGCUGCCGACAAAUAUGAUAGCUCCGACGUGAAAGUCUAGAAAAGUCCAUUUAGACAAGGUGUGAAUGAUAUACCAGUUAUCACAUAGGAUAACUAAAAUUAAAUACAUAUAUGUUAUAUAUAUACAAGACAAAUUAAGUCACCGGUUUCUGAGAAUCAACGCUACUACGCUAGUGCGUAAUAGAGCAAACUAUAGUAUGAUCCCAUGAUCUCGUGGUACGCAAACAAGCUAAGUAUCGAUCCUAACAUGAGAUCAUGAGAGUACUAAUGGCCUACAAACCCAACAUAUAUUCCCUAUUAUUUGGCGUUGCUAGGGCCAAAUUGUUCGGUCCUUGGAAGCACGUUAGUCACCAUCAUUUUUUUUUCUUACAAAAUUUUCAGCAUCUCCCUCCGCUUUUGAAUGUUCUCUCUUCUCUACAUUCACCACCCCAAAAAAAAAAAAAAAAACACUCAACAGUAACAAACACACCCUCCUCCUGGAUCCUUAUAAAUAGUCUUCCAUGUAAACACUCCUAAAGUCCAAACCACGAACACCUCUCAAAAAAACAAAAACACCGUCUCGAAUCGAAUUCGAUCCACCUCGAAUUCGAUCCGAGCGAUCUCAUCUCAGGGAGGAACAGAUUACGUACCGCGAAGGGAAUGGAGAAGGUGAUGGGUUUGGCGUCCGAAAACGGGCUGGUGAUCUUCAGCAAGAGCUCUUGUUGCAUGUGCUACGCCGUGAACAUGUUGUUCCAAGGGAUCGGAGUGAAGCCGGUGAUGUACGACAUCGACCAGGACCCGGAAGGCAGGGAGAUGGAGAAAGCCCUAAUGAAGCUCGGGGGCACCGCCGCCGGACCGGUCCCGGCGGUGUUCAUCGGCGGCAAGUUCAUGGGCUCCACCAAUGAGAUCAUGUCCGCACACCUUAGUGGCCAACUUGUGCAGAUGCUCAAGCCUUUCCACCACUCUAUGUCUUAAUUAAUUUUCACCAUAUGGGAGUUUGAGCAUUAUAUUCACAAAGGAGGGGGGAAAAAAGAAGCUAGCUAGCUAGGGUGGGAUUUGGAGUUUACUUAAAUAAGGAUUUACUUCAAUUAGCCUUUGUCAAAUUUGGUGCUACUUAAUUAAUUAGUCUCUAGUAUAGUCUAGAGUGUUGGAUCUUGUCUCUAGUCAUAAUAUUAAAUUAUAUAUGAUCGAUGGAAUAUAUAUGUAAUGAUGAAUGUGGGCAUGUAGCUUGCUUGUGUUUAUUAAGAAGGGUAAUUUCGAUCACUAGUCAAAAUAUUGAUUCGUGUUUGUGUGCUUUAAUUAGUUAUUACUUGUCUCGUUUCUUCAUCUUAAUUAAUGAAAUCUAUUAUAUAUGUUUAGGGAGUGUAUCUUGUUAGUGACUUGGUUGGUUACUGACUAUACAUAGUUUUUUCUCUAACUAAAUUUAACGGGCUAUGUCACUUUCACUUUAUGUAGGACUUGAAAUUUUUUAUUUUUGUUUGCAUUCGAUAAUUAUAUUUUUUUGACUUUUCAGAGUAAUAUCUACUUUGAUAUUUGAAACAAAAUAUUUUGAGACAUAUAUUACCCAUCAUACCAUGGUGAUAAUGUUUGGUAGUAUGUAAAAUUAUACCAUGGUGGAGUGGAUACAUACCUCGAUGGUAUGAAUAUAACAGUGUACAAUUGUUGUUGUCUGCAUAAUACCAUGGUGGUAUAUUUGGUCAUAAAAUAUUUUUGAUGAAUUUGUAGAUCACGACGAACACGUUAUUCUAUGCAAAAAAUGUAAAGUUUGAGUUAAAAUUGAAGGUGGUAACAAGUGGGAUGAAAACAAUUUUUGAAAUUUAUAAAAAAUCAAUAUCAUUUUGUAGAUCACAAUGAAUCGUUCACUAUUAUGGAAAAAAUAUAAUCUAGAUUGAAAAAAAGAUGCACACCGAUUAAAAAUGAUAUAAAAUUAAAAUUUCAUUUAUUGUCAGUCCUUACAUCUGAUCUCUUUCAAAAUCAAAUACCGAGAUAUAAUUAUGCACCCUAUCCCAAGUUCCCAACCCUUAUGUUUAUCUACUUUAACCAUUUCUUUGUAUUUAACUGGUGAAGGGCUCAUUCCUCCCUAGAACGCACCCACCCAUGCUUAAACGGACUGAUAAUUUUAACCCACCACCCACUCACAUUUAGUCUCAGGUUGGGUCGGGCGGAUGGUGGAUGAUGUGAGUGGGUUUGCGGGUUCACCCACAUCACAAUAUAUAUAUAUAAAAUAUAAAGAAGUCAACUUGGCAUGAUAAUCGGUGGAGAGAGUUAUCGAACGGAAAUAAUGAGAUUGAAUAGGAAAAUAUAUGUCGAAUUGAUUCUAAAAUUGGAUAGAAAUUGUAUUAUGGAGGAGUUUUCUACAAAUGGAGAUGAUUAUCAACUGCAGGGAACUAAGGAAAAUAAUUUAAGAGAGGAAAGAGAGGUGACAUAGGCACAAGAAUAAGAGGAAAAAAUAAAGGUAAGAAGAGGGGAUCGUGAUUUAAAAGAUUGAUUUUGAGGUUCAAUCCCCACGAGCAGCCCUAAUUUCCGUCUAAAGUCUUCACACUCCCCUCUCCAGCGCCAACGACUUUGUUAUUUUUGUUGUUGGGUUAAGCGAAUCACCCGCCCACAACCCACCCGCUAUUCACGAAUGACUCCCAGCACAACCCAUCAACCAUCCGCAUAACGAAAUGCGGGGCGCCGGGAUGGGAUUAGGUGCUAACCCUUAUAGGGGUUAGCAUCGUGAUAACUAGCAAAAAUUACUACGGAUUAUUAUAAAAUCAAUACAACAUCUAAGCUAAAUCACUACUAAUUCAAACUAGUAGUAGUUUUUCCCUUGGUUAGGACGGUGCUAACUAUUGUACAAUUAACACCGUAGCCGUUC